CACAAACAACAUCACCGCGGGAAUGCCUCCUCGACGUCGCGGACCCUCUGUGUAAUAUGCGUGCCAGUUGUAGUAUGCUAUUGUUGUCGAGGAACGACUUCAUUUGAAAGCAGCUGCCUCGUCGCGUCCUUCUCCCUCCACUUCGCAACAGAAAACAGCAACAUGGCUUCGAUUGUUUACGAAGGCGUCGGUGGAGGGGGACAACUGUUUGCAGGGAUGAAGUUCUUUUUGCUACAGCGUCUGCCCACUCGAGACAGGUUCAAGGAGCUGGUGAAGGCCAACGGUGGUGAAAUCGUUCAAUUAGAGAAGCAGGCCGACAUCGUAAUUGCGGACCACGCUCGGAGAGAUAUCCCGCCUGGUUCUAUAUCCUGGAAAUUCAUCCAGCAAUCAGUGGCUAAGGGCGAACUGGAAGAUAUUGAAGAUCAUCGUGCCGGGCCCCCUGUGGGAACUAUUCGAGCAGUCGGAUCUGCACAACCUACGAAGAAGGGAAGGACUCCAUUUACAGCCGAGGAUGAUCGUAUACUCAUGGAAUGGUGCACAAAGGCCGAGCGAAAAGGUUUGUCAUUAAAGGGCAACGAUUUGUACAAACAGCUGGAAGCGAAGAAUAGCCGGCACACUUUCCAGUCAUGGCGAGAUCACUGGAUCAAAGACCUUUCUACUCGACCGCGACCUACGUUACCUGAAGCCGGCGGGGAUGAAGAUGAUGAGGACGAACCAUCCGAAGACGACGGCCCAGAGUUUAGACAACCCGUGCGGCAGCAAUAUGUGGCCCAAGUGGCUAAAGUAUACCGAAAUGCUGCUCCAGCAAGUUCGUCAACCAGUCGAGUUUCCCAAAGCAGGAACAUGAUUGAGAGAAAACCAGUUGGGAAGUCAUCGCCAACCCAUUCUUCGCCCGUGAAACCUACUGCCGGCAACAACUUCACAGACGAAGAUACAGAAUUACUUGAUGGUGUCUAUGGGGAUAUUUUGAAUUUAGACGAGGAUCAAAUUAUUGAUGCAUGGGUGGCAUGGGCUGAAAAUUAUCCACAGCACACCGCGCAAGAAUGGCGGAACUAUUUCAAAGAAUACGUAGUCCCCAAGAAACGAGCGGAACAAAAGGCAAAGAAAAACUCCCCUCCUUCAAAUCGACUUAAACCUACUCCUGGACCAAGUUCCUCGAGAAUCUCGCCUCCCCCUUCAAGUCGCCCCAAGGCUCCUGGACCCAGCUCGUCCAAAACAGUAUCCGCAAAGGCCCGGGAGAUUCAAGACUCACAGGAUACACCUGUCCAAACUACACAGCCUCCGAGUAAAAAGAGGAGAGGUUCUGAUCCCACACUUACAGAUGAGCAAUCAUUCAGAAAAGAUUUGUCAAAUCUAGCAGCGGAGUUGGAAUUGGAAGUGGAUUUCGCGCCUGAGAUAUGUGGCCGAAAGAUCCCAUUGUUCAAGUUAUGGCAAGUCGUACGGUCAGACGACUUUGGGGGGAUUGACAGAGUGAAUGGGAUGAAUCUCUGGCCGAAAGUGGCCCGUUUUCUCAGUUUCAAAGACAACCAACAGUCAACUGCUACCGAGGACCUCAAGGCUUGCUAUGAGGAGAUAUUGACUGAUCUCGAAGCAUAUCAGCAUUAUAAACUUGAGCAGAGUUUCACGGAGUCGCAGGAGGAGGCAAUGCUCAAGGCCCAGCUGCUUGAGACCGCAGCUCGAGAGACUCAGAACCUCUACGAGGCGGAAGAUGAGCAGGAAGAUCUUGUGGAAGAGGAGGAUGAGGACGACGAUCUUGACCGUCCUCAAUUCUCACCCCACCCUCCAUUUCCUUCGUCAUCCAGCAAAAGAAGUUUCGGUGCUGAUCGCACCAACGUCGAUACCUCAUACAAUAAGCGCCAGCGGAUCGACAAGGGCAAAGGCAAGGAGCUGGAGAUUCCAUCCACACCCGAGGAUGUCAUUAACAAUACUCAGAUGCCGCGACUAUCUCUCAGGCCAUCACCUCUUAAAUACUCCUCGCCCGCUCAACAGCAAGAAGAGGAAGACAGUAGUUCUGGCAUUGAAGACCUCUGGACCAAGCCACUCAAGCCCCAAGCAAAACCAAAACCCCAACAGCAAAAUCUCGAGCCAGAAACCCAGGAUUUCAACUACCCACAAACACAAGCACAGCCAGAGCAAGUAGAUGACGAUCCCUUCGUUGAUAUCUCCUCCCCACCACAACACAACCUUCCCAACCGCAGCAGCGGUAGCGACGCUGCAAAUCGCGGCUCGGAGUCCAACCCUCCCGGCUCCUCCACCCAAUCACAAACCGAAUCCGAGAAAGCUGCGGCCCUGGAACAAUAUAUGAAUGAAUGCAUCAGCUUCGGGUACACGCAACAAGCAGCGGUGCUUGCGCUUGAUGCAACGACGAUGGAGAUGGGACAGCAUGCUAUGCAGGUUAUGGAGGCGUUGGAGAACGAGCAGGGGAUUCCGGAUGAUAUUCCGGGGGUCUGGACGGAGGAGGAUGACAGGAUGGUGGAGGGGAGUGUGGAUAGUGAAGGGUAUAGAGAUUGUGUCCGGAAGCAUGGGGUUAAGAGGUGUGGGGUGAGGAGGAACUUUUUGAAGCAUAAGCGGGAGGUUCAGGAGAUGGAGGAGGAGGGUCGUACUUAGAGUUGGCUUCUGGGCUGCAUCGCAGUUACGAAUGAUGAGUGUUGAGCAUUUUGUAUGUUGCUAGACAGGACAAAGGCUCGGGCCACAAUAGCAUGGAUAGAGCGAGUGGGAGAGGGAAAUCAAUUAAUGGGUCACC